CGGCUGCCGUCGGGCGCUGGGCCCGCCCUGCGCCGCUGUCGCUCCUGGAGUGCGUCACUUCCGGCCGGUGGCGGGGCGCGGGGAGCAGGAUGCCCAAGUUUUAUUGUGAUUAUUGUGACACGUACCUCACCCAUGACUCGCCCUCCGUGAGGAAAACCCACUGCAGUGGUCGAAAACACAAGGAGAAUGUGAAGGAUUAUUACCAGAAAUGGAUGGAGGAGCAAGCUCAGAGCCUGAUUGACAAAACAAUAGCGGCUGCAUUCCAGCAAGGCAAAAUCCCACCGACGCCGUUCUCGGCACCACCCCCUGCAGGAGCCAUGAUCCCACCUCCUCCCAGCAUCCCUGGACCCCCCAGGCCUGGCAUGAUGCCAGCCCCUCACAUGGGGGGGCCACCAAUGAUGCCAAUGAUGGGCCCACCCCCACCAGGAAUGAUGCCAGUUGGUCCUGCCCCAGGGAUGAGACCCCCGAUGGGAGGACACAUGCCAAUGAUGCCAGGGCCUCCAAUGAUGAGACCACCCUCCAGACCCAUGAUGGUGCCAACCAGGCCAGGAAUGACCCGUCCAGACAGAUAAAGGUGGAAAUGAAGCUGCCUUUUCUCUCUCCUAUUUCAAUCUUCCCCAUGAUAAAAUGUCACAGACCCGUAUCCAUAGGAUUUUGUAUUAAACCAGUGUGUGGGAGAGAUCUGCUGUUCCUUCAGAUUGCAGACAGUUUGCCCUAGCUGCACACUGAACUGAUGCUUUUGUACCUGGCCUGUAUUUUUGGUGGUUUUUUAAUUUGUUUUCUUUGUUUCUUUCCGCCCAUUGAGUCAUAAAACACAACAAUAAAACAUGGGUCCUGUUUUACCUACGGAGAACCUGA